GGAAAGAAUAUCCAUACCAAUCAUCUCUCAGAGAAACUGAGACCCAAAUGCUUUGGGCCAUUUAAAAUUAUUGACACCAUUAGAACUAUCAACUUCAAGCUAAAACUAUCCAAUAGCUGGAAGUGGAUUUAUAACAUCUUUUAUGCUAGUCAACUCACACCCUAUAAGGCAAACAAAGUCUAUGGCCCCAAUUACCCUAAACUAGCCCCUGACCUAAGCAAAGAGCAAGAGGAAUUCAAAGUUAAAGCAAUUGUUGGAGCCUAA